AUGGUAGUUGCUGGAGUGCAUAUUAUCGUGAACGUUCCGAAAUUUUGCGAAAAGGGAAGGAACUACCUUGAGGAUUCGUGGCACGAGUUCGGCACUGAGAUUCGAUUCCGAGUAGAAGCACAUCUCGUGGAGCAAAUUGAGUCUGAGCUUGGAGUUGUGAGGGAGCGCAAGAGGGCCGAGUUUGAGGGUUUGCAGCAAAAUGGUAUGUCAGUUGCAGAGUAUGAGGGAAAAUUUCAUGCCUUGGCUAGGCAUGCUUCGAUGAUACUUCCCACAGAGGCUGAGAGAGUGAGGAGGUUUGUUAAGGGGUUGAUUAUUCCAAUUCGCCUAGGAGUUUCUCAGGUUGCUGCUUCUGGUGAUCCAUUCCAGAAAGUUGUAGAUGCUGCUAAGGAGUUGGAGAUGAUUCAGCUGUCUGAGGCUGGUUACGCUGGGCAUAACUCUUCGAGCUCAGUGCAUACUUCGCAGGGUUCAUCUUCUAGACCUGUAGUUCGUGGAGGGAAUUCUGGUCAUUCAGGUUCCUCUCAUCAGCCUGCGUCUUGUAGGGGCUGCUUUGAGUGUGGUGAUAUGGGACACUUUGUGAGAGAAUGCCCUAGGACCAGACGUGGUGGCUUACAUCAGAGUUCUCAGGCUUCGACUUCCAGGGCUGCACAACCUCCAGCUAGGGGUGGUGCACCGAAUGGUAGAGGUGGUUCUCAUUUAGGCAGAGGUGGUUCUCCUUCUGGUCGAGGUGGUGGUCGUGGAGGUUCACAAUCUGAUGGAGGUCGUUCUCACUGUUAUGCUUUUCCAGAUUUAAAGGUCUUAGAUAUGAUAGAUUUUGAUGUGAUUCUUGGUAUGGAUUGGUUAUCUUCUUACCACGCAAUUUUAAAUUGUCAUGCCAAGACCAUCACUUUAGCUAUCCCUGGAAUUCCUAUAGUAGAAUGGAGAGUGGUGAGUGAAUUUUCAGAGGUAUUCCCGACCAAUUUGCCAGGUCUUCCACCAGAUCGUGAUAUUGAUUUUUGUAUUGAUGUGGAGCCAGGCACUCGGCCUAUUUCCAUUCCUCCUUAUCGUAUAGCAACGGCUGAAUUGAAAGAGUUGAAGGAGCAGUUGCAGGAUUUGUUAAGCAAAGGUUUUAUUAGACCAAGUGGUGCUUCAGUUUUCUCACAAAUUGAAUUGAGAUCUGGCUAUCAUCAGCUGAAGGUUAAGGCGGAGGAUAUCCCUAAGACGGCUUUUCGAACACGUUAUGAUGAUAUAUUGAUAUACUCACGCACUAAGGAGGAACACGAGCUUCAUUUGAGGAUUGUUCUUGGGAUUCUAAAGGAGAAGAAGCUUUAUGCAAAGUUUUCAAAGUGUGAGUUUUUGCUUAGUUCGGUAGCAUUCUUGGGACAUGUAGUGUCCAAGGAGGGUAUCAUGGUGGAUCCUAAGAAGAUUGAGGCGGUUAGAGAUUGGGUCAGACCUUCUUCAGUUACUGAGAUUCGGAGUUUCUUGGGCCUUGCAGGUUAUUAUCGACGGUUUGUUGAGGGUUUCUCAUCCAUUGCAUCUCCAUUAUCUAGAUUGACACAGAAGGAAGUGACUUUUCAGUGGUCUGACAAAUGUGAGGUUAGUUUCCAAAAGCUCAAGACUUUAUUGACUACUGCUCCAAUUUUGACCCUACCCGUGGAGGGAGAGGGUUUUGUCGUAUAUUGUGAUGCUUCUCGGGUGUUCACGGAUCAUCGUAGUCUCCAGUAUAUAUUCAAUCAGAGGGAUCUAAAUUUGAGGCAGAGGAGAUGGUUGGAGUUGCUCAAAGACUACGAUAUGACUAUUCUUUAUCACCCAGGCAAAGCAAAUGUUGUAGCAGAUGCCUUGAGUCGGAAGGCGGUAAGUAUGGGUAGUCUAGCCAUGUUACAGGUUGGCGAGCGUCCUUUAGCUAGGGAUGUCCAAUCCUUGGCCAAUAGCUUUGUGAGACUUGAUAUUUCAGAAUCUGGUAAGGUGUUGGCUUAUAUGGAGGCUAGGUCAUCCUUGUUGGAGCAGAUUCGGGCUCAACAGUUUGAUGAUGGUGAUUUAUGUAAGAUUAGGGACAAGGUUUUAAAAGGAGAAGCCAAGGCUGCAAUUCUUGAUAGUGAGGGAGUUUUGAGGAUUAAGGGUCGUAUAUGUGUUCCUCGUACAGUUCAGACUACCUAUAACUCAGAAAGGUUAGCCAAGAUUUAUAUUCGGGAGAUAGUUCGGUUGCAUGGGGUUCCUAUAUCUAUUAUUUCAGAUUGUGGAACCCAAUUUACAUCUCAUUUCUGGCGGUCUAUGCAGAAAGAGUUGGGAACUCGGGUGGAUCUUAGUACUGCCUUUCACCCUAAUACUGAUGGUCAGUCUGAGCGGACUAUUCAGGUUCUUGAGGACAUGUUGCGGGCGUGUGUGAUUGACAUUGGUGGUCAGUGGGAUCAGUUCUAUCCUUUAGCGGAGUUUGCUUACAAUAAUAGUUAUCACUCGAGCAUUGAGAUGGCACCAUUUGAGUCUCUGUAUGGUAGGAGAUGUCGAUCUCCAAUUGGCUGGUUUGAUGCAUUUGAGGUUAGACCAUGA